AUGGUAAUCAAUCUCCAACAACUUCCCAGAUUCAGAUGCCUUCCAGCUUACUUGCCUGUAUUCCAGUUUACAUGCUAUAUAGAUAUGACUUAUCGCAAGAGGGUUAGACCUGCUGAAAUAGAUGGUACACGUGGUCCAGCUACCGCACAUACCUCAUCUUUGAGUGGAGAUGCAUCACUACCAACCAAGAAGCAUGUUACUCAACCACAAUCAUCUCAGGUUCCUACUACCGUUGUCAAAUUUGGACCAUUUUCUCCACAAGGUACCGUAAAAUCAGUGGUUGCACCUCCAUGUUCGAGUACUUCAAAAAGUGCACUGCAAACCGAUGACAUACUUGGAGCUAUAUGGAAAAAGCCACCUACUGGAUCAACAUCAAGUUCACUUAUGGAAGCAACUAGAGAUUCAGUUCAACCCAAGAUUUCAUCCAAGACUUCACCUGAAGUUCCAACUAGUAUCCCACCUUCUAACACAACCAAAUCACAGAAAUACCCUACAUCAAAAUCACAAAAAUAUCAUGCUACUUCCUCUGGUCGUGUCCCACCUAAUAUCUCGCCUGCUAGUCAUAUCUCACCUUAUAUGCCACCCAAUAUGACACCUAUUAUCCCACCUAGUCAUAUUAAAACAUCUUCAAGAGUUUCUCAGACCAAUCAACAGCAGAACAAUAGUGAAGAACCAAAAGAGAACUCAACAAAAUCGAAGUCCCUAAGGGUGAAGUCAUAUCCGGAUUGGCCUGUAACUAUAGAUUUUGAUGACAAGGAGGAGGUUUUGACCAUUGAUGCUAAGGGAAAUGUUAAACUGGUGAGUGGUUCUAUUCAAACCAUCGACCUCUGGAGUAACAAUGGCGUGCAGUACUAUGUUGAAUUCAAUGACCUUUACCAACCGCUUAGGAAAGGUGGACAAAUGUUGGUCAGAUUCAUUGGUAGUAUUGUAAAGGUAGAGACCUACUGUCCACUUGGAGAAGGGGAUUGGUCUGAUAUCGACAAAGAUUCAAAAGCUAAGAUGGUAGAAGAAAUAAGAGAACGCUUUGUUAUUCCCGCUCAUCCGGAAUAUAACAAACAAAUCCUCAAGCGCGCCAAUAAAAGUUGGAGGCAGUAUAAACACUCUCUUAAGGUGAGAUACUACAAACCAGAUGAGAAAACACUUGCUGAGAUGUGCGAUAUUGUGCCAAGACAUGGAAUUACCAGUACUCAAUGGAGAAAGUUGGUUAAGUACUGGGCUUCGGAUGAAGGGCAAAGAGCAUCAGAAUGUGGAAAAGCUGCACGGGCAUCUCAAAAUCAAUUUCAUAGAUCGGGUUCUGACAGCUAUGCGAACCAACAAGCUGAUUAUGAAGAUGAGCAUGGAAAAAAAAUGAGCUUAUUAGCCCUUUGGGUAAAGUCUCAUCGCGGCAAGGACGGGACCUUUCUUCCAGGCACAGUCACUGAAGAUUUUGUGGAUGAUGCAAAGGCUAAGAUGGAAACGUUGAGGACAGUAGAUCCUUCUAAAUCUGAACAAGAACUUGAAAAUGCAGCUUUUGAGGACACUAUGCAUGGUGGAAAGAUUCCCGAACGCCCUGUAGGGUACGGACUUGGAGUUCGAAAGAGCGACGUUUAUGGGGUGCAUGGUGUGCUAAGGAAGAAAGGGUAUGGGAAAGUUCGAGAGAGGACCGUGGUGAUGGAAAGUGUGAAAGAAGAAGUGUCAGCUCUCAGCAAGAAAAAUGAAAAGCUUGAGAAGGAAAAUGAAAAGCUGCAAGCCCAAGUGAAAGAGAAUAAUUUUCUGCUUACAACUUUUAUUGGACAAUUUUCUCAAUUCGUAGGUCAAGUUCGUACAGGAACUGCUUCUACAGAAGCUCUAAGUUUAGCACAGCAAGUCUUGGGCAUGGCACACCAAAGGGUAUAUAUUCUAAUCUCUUAUCAUUUGAACUCUUUUAACAUAGUACAUUCAGUCACAAGAAAGUUUGAUGUUGUCUCGACGCCUUGUGCAUAUAUGUACCUGCUGUGCAAGCUGCCAGGGCUUACUGCAGGUCUGCAGUUCUGCCUGUAG